AUGUUGACCAAAAUACUGGCGGUGAUUCUUCUGGCUACGAUCGCAAUGCCGAGCUCCUCCAUGUCGUAUAGGCUUCAAGUCAACGUUUCGAAUCAGUUGAGCAGAGGCCGCAAGAUCACGGUGCGAUGCGAAUCCAAAGACGACGAUCUGGGCUCCCGUCGCCUGGUCGCCGGCGACGUGUAUAGUUGGAGCUUUUCGCGUAACAUUUUCGGGACGACGCUCUUCUGGUGUGACGUGAGUACCGCCCGCGGCAAGAAGCAUCUUUCUUUCAACGCCUACGACGAAAGCCAGAGAAAGAAAGGGAUGCCGAAGCUUCACGAGCUUACGUGGGAGAUCAAGGACGACGGCCUUUAUUUUGCCGGUUUCCCCAUGUCCAUUGCGCCUUGGGUCUCGCAGUAA